CACUUUUCUGUCCGUCUGUUGACAUGAAACCUUCAGUUAACGCUGCUCCGAUUAACAUUUAUCUUUUAAUAACUCCAGUUCAGCGGAUGUGACGUUUGUUCCCGCCUGUUUUACUCCUAAUUUUAAUGACAGAACUGUUGGUUAGCUUACCGCAGCUAGCCGGCUAACAGCACAGUUUGGGCUGAAGUUGACCGUUAACGUCAGCCGGCUUGAGUUUAACGGUUUCUGCGACCGAACGCGGCUGUAAAGACCACUUCCGGUGUUGUUAGAGGUGAAUUAACGAAGCUUCGUGUCAUGAAGAGUGACUGAAGUGUUGUGACAGGUCAUGUAGCUGACAGACAGAGUUUCAGAGGCAGUUGCCAUGGAGCCGGCCUGGCGACAGCAGGGAAGGGGGCGUGGCCGGAGUCAGGAGGCUCAGGGUGAAAGGUCACGACCCCCACAACAGAAGGAGAAGGAGAGGCCGGGCGGAGCCGCUGCUGGACCGUGGGGGGCCGGACGAGGAGGAAGGACCAAGACCACCGCGGCACCUGAACCUCCGCAUGGUGCGUCGGUCCAGUCCAAGUUCGAGGAGAUCAGGAAGUCCAACCAGGCUGCUGUUCAGCGAUUGGUGGAGAGCCAGAUCAGCUCUUCCUCUGACGACGAAGACAAUGAUGAUGAUGGAGCCGUUGACCACAAGGAUGGAAAGAGAGGGAAGAUCCUGGCGUCCACCUUCACCACCUACACCAACCAGACAGGUGGUGAUGUCACAGGUCUGGUCAGAACCGGUCAGUACGUCAGCGACCUGUUUCAGUCCGGAGCUCUCACCUGUCUCAUCUGCAUCGCCUCCGUCAAGAGGACACAGGCGGUGUGGAGCUGCUCCAGCUGUUUCUCUCUCUUCCACCUACCCUGUAUUCAGAAAUGGGCCAAAGACUCGGCCUUCCUCGUCUCGUCUGCCACCGAUGAAGACUUCGGUCAGAAGCAGCACCCCUGGCCCUGUCCAAAGUGUCGAGCAGAGUACCCACCCAGCGCCACGCCCAACAGGUACAUGUGUUACUGUGGGAAGAUGCAGGAUCCUCCAGCUGACCCCUGGUUGGCUCCUCACUCCUGUGGCUCUGUCUGUCAGAAGGAGCUCAAACCCACCUGUGGACACACCUGUCUGCUGCUCUGUCACCCCGGUCCCUGUCCUCCGUGUCCAAAGAUGGUGUCCGUUUCCUGUAUGUGUGGCAAAGCUAAGCCCCUCCCCCGUCGCUGUAGCAACAAGGCCUGGUCCUGUCAGCAGCAGUGCAACAAGUUGUUACCCUGCAGGCAGCACACCUGUACACAGCCCUGUCACACAGAGUGCUCUCCCUGUCCCAGAGUCAGCGUUCAGAAGUGUGUGUGUGGUCGAGAGAAGGCAGAGAGACCCUGUGCCAGCCCUCAGUGGAACUGUCAGCAGGUGUGUGGCUCUCUUCUCUCUUGUGGGAAUCACACCUGUGAGGUUUUGUGUCAUGAUGGCGUUUGUCCUCCAUGUCCCCGCUCCGUCAGCAGAACCUGUCCCUGUGGCAAGACAAAGUCGUCUCUGCCGUGCACGGAGGAAGUGUCGCCGUGCGGUGACACGUGUGACCGCCGUCUGUCAUGUGGAAAACACACCUGUUCAAUGAGGUGUCACCGAGGGAGCUGCGAGACCUGCAGACAGGAGGUGGAGAGGGAGUGCAGGUGUGGUAAAUACAGGAAGUUGAUGCCGUGUCACAAAGAAUACCUGUGUGACUCCAAAUGUCCAAAGACCAGAAGCUGCCAGAGACACCAGUGCAGGAGGAAGUGUUGCCCUGGUAACUGCCCUCCAUGUGACCAGAGCUGUGGUCGAACUCUGGGGUGUCGCAACCACAAGUGUCCAUCCGGCUGUCACCAAGGUAGUUGUUAUCCCUGUCCAGAGACGGUGGAGGUCCGGUGCACGUGCGGCUCGUCCGUCUUGCUCGUCCCCUGUGGCCGUGAGCGGAGCACCAAGCCGCCUCGCUGCAAAGAGUCCUGCAGGUGUCCUUCAUCCUGCCACCACCCGACCAGGGAGACCCACCGGUGCCACCCCGGGCCCUGCCCGCCCUGCAGACAGUCCUGCCUGCUGCCGCUGCCCGGCUGCAGCCACACCUGCCCUCAGCCCUGCCACGACCUGGUUCUGGUCAAGUCCCAGCAGGUGCAGCUAGCCGGUCCGUGGGAGCAGCCGUCUGAACCGGCCUUCAUCAAGAAAGCUCUGCCCUGUCCGCCGUGUCAGGUGCCCAUCCCAACGUCCUGUUUUGGGGAACAUGAGGUCAGCCCGGUGCCGUGUCAUCGCCGGGGUCGCUUCUCCUGUAAGCGGCCGUGUGGACGACCUUUGACCUGCGGAAACCACGACUGCAGCAGGGAGUGUCACCUGGUUACCAACGGCAACAAGUGUGAGGUGUGUGAAGAGGCCUGCUCUAAGCCCCGCCCCCCUGGCUGCCCCCACACCUGCCCCCGCCCCUGUCACCCCGGCGACUGUCCCCCCUGCAGCCAGAUGAUCCGCCAACGCUGCCACUGCAAGAUCAGCCUGCUCUACGUCGAGUGCACGAAGUUGACCUCCGCUGACGAGCAGACCAAGGUGGAGUUGGGCUCCUGCAACAACCAGUGUCCCAAAGAGCUGAGCUGUGGUCAUCGCUGUAAGCAGGUGUGUCAUCCAGGAGUGUGUGAGGAGAAAUGUCAGCAGAAGGUGAAGCUCCGCUGUCCCUGCAAGAGGAUCAAGAAGGAGUUCCCGUGCUCUCUGGCAGAUCAGUGUGUUCAGUGUGACGACGCCUGCAGAGACCAGCAGAAGAAAGUCAGCCAGCUGAAGGAGGCGGAGCAAAGAGCAGCUCAGGAGGAGGAGCAGAAGAAGCUUCAGGAGGAGCUGGAGGCGUUCGAGAAGCGUCAGCAGCGAGGAGGUCGGAGGAGUAAGAAGCGAGGCAGGAGGGAGGAGGUGGACGAUGACGGGGGCAGGGCGGGGAGGUGGUGGAGGAGGUGUGCCGCCUUCGUCCUCGUCCCGCUGGGUGGAGCUCUGCUGUCGGCCGCUGCCUACUACCUCCUGAUGACGCCCUGAGCAACACGCGUGGACGUAAACGUUUCAGUCGACUGACGUUUGUUCUGUCGAUGCCUCCAGCUGGUUUAAUGCUGUCGUCUUCUGGUUCUGUGAUUUCAUUUAGUUUGACUCUUUCCUUCAGAUUUCUUCUACUUGUUUUGAUUCUGUAACUUAAUACAAGUCUUUAGUUUGAACUGUUUUGUUUUCUUGUCGUAGCUGUAGAGGUUUUAGUUUAGUUACGUCCUGUCUGAAGUUUCAGGUGAAGGUUGAGAAUGAUUUCAAAAAGUGUUUUAUUAAUGUGUCAGAGUGUCACCGUUCAAUUACAUCACACUAAAGUCACAGUUCACUUUGAUUUUCAAUCAAACUUCUGCUGCCGUUGACCUGUUGAGUUAACUGGUUUUAUCCUCUGAUAUGUGCAGAAUGCGACAGAGUUUCACAGAGUUUAUAAACUUUGUUUUAACUCAACAACUCUUAAAAUCACUAUAUUUUUUAAUUGAGUCUGGUGAUGUUGUGGUGACCAGCUUCUUUUUUCCAAGAUUAAAGUCUUAUUUUGAUUUCAUGGUGACACCUUUAGUGAUGAGCUGCCUGAGUUUCUGUAUCAAAACCAAAAAAUGACACAUAAACCAACAUUUAGUUGAUUUUCACAGAAACAAUCUGAUCAGUUAUUGUUUGGUUUAUAAAAUAGUUAACAGAGUCGACUGGUUUGUUCUCUGUAAAGCUGCAAAUACUGAUUAUCUACAUAAUCUGGAGAUCUUCUGGGUUAUUGUCAAUAAAAUAUCUUGUACAAUUUAAAAGAAGAAGCUGAAACUAACGAUUAUUUUGGUUGUCAGUUGAUUUUGUAUUGUAUUGAUAAGUUGUCAGAAAAUGAUGUUGAGUUUACAGACGAGGAAACACAAUGUUCACAUUUAACAAACUGACAGAGAGUUUUGGCAAUUAGUUUAAUAACGUAUCGAUAAAUCGUUGCAGCUUCAGUUGAAACGAUCAUAUUAUCAGGUUUUGUUUGACUGAUCUGAGUUAAAGUUUCUGUGUUGUGUGAAAACCUGCGACUGUAAUCUGAGUAAAAGGCACCAACAUGUAAACUGUGACUGCAGUGAACUCGUGUCAGAGAAAAGUCAGUUGUGUUUGUGUUUCUUUGUUCAGAUGUGUUUCUUUUUCUUUAACGUGCCGCCUGAACUGCAGGAUGGAGCUGGACUGUUGUAACGGUUCAAGUCUAAAUAACUGUUUGGAGACUUGCAGCAGAAACAAUAAACAGAUUUUAAUAAAAUACAAACAAAAGUUU